AUGUCAAGCGGCCUUCCCUAUCUGAACAAGCUGCGCAAGCCGGAGCUAGUCGAGUUUGCAGAGAAGACCGAUCUUCAAGACUUCUCCGACUAUAACAAGAAUGAACUCGCCGUCGCGCUUGACAAGCACUUGAGCAGCAAUCGCGCGAUCUUCUCUGGUGAGAAGACUCUUGCCGAUUACUAUAAGCGCUUGUCUGCGCCUCCUCGCGGGGGAUCGCCCGUCAAGCGCGAGGCCAAGGUUGAGAUCACCCCCACCGUCAGGAAGACGCCGGGCCGCAAGCCCAACGCGCAAAAGCAAGAGGAAGCAACUUCAUCCGAUGAACCCUCGUCAACUCGCCGUACAGCAGCAAAGUCGCCCAAGUCGCCAGUGUCGCCCAGCGAAGUAGUGCGCCGGUCUGCAAGCCGUGUUCGCGCGGCCUUCGACGUGCCUCCUUCCCCAGCCCAGGUGACAGACGCUAUUGAUCGGCAAACCACCCGCGUGCGUGAGGGUCUCGAGCAGGCCUGGACCUCAUCGGGUGUCACGGAGCGCACGCACUCCCUGCGCGCCAACUUGAGCAGCCUCUUCGCGAUCGAGGCUCUCGUCGUGCUUGUCGAGGCUUACACCGUCAUGUUCGACCAGCUGCCCCUUCGCUUCUUGACCACUAUCAAGGCCAACCCUACCCUGCACACUCCCACCUUCCCCAUCAAGGUCCCCGAUCUGUUCCGUCUGGUGACCCCGGGCUUCUGGGGGCCCUUCACCCUCUGGCUUCUCACCAAUCUGAUUCUCCCCCUGAUCGCUGCCUACUUCUUCAACCUGAGUUGGCACGCCGCUACUGGCGGUGGUGCGCGCCGUGGUCGCUCAGCGGCUUCAUCAAGCACUUUUGACCCGCUGACCUUUAACAUUGCCAAGGCGCUCCUUGUGUGGAAGGUUUAUGUCCAGGGCUUUACUUUCUGGGGCAUGUACAGCAACCUUGCCCUUGAGAAGGUCAACACCGCCAUUCCUGGCAACUACUACGGCAUGUGGACCGGUACCGCCAUCGGUGUCAUUGGCGCUCUCUACGAGGCUAUUCUGCGCCGCUCGUAG